AAAAAAUUUUUACCCAGUACCUACUAGUCUUUCAAUCACUAUUUUAGGAAUUUACAUAAUUUCACAUUUUUUCUAUGUAGACUAGUAACUUAAAGUAAUUAUGUAAAUACAUUUUUAUACAAUGGAUGACAAAAACAAACAUAAUCAUGGAUACUCAACCAAAAAUGCCCUCAUAAAAUUACGUGAUGACAUUCGAACUGUUAUUGAAGAACAUAAACAGAAAAAUCGCAUGGGAUUUGGUGUCGUACGACAUAUUUUGUCGUUCACGUCUGAAAAAGUAUUGCUAUCCGGAAUUGCGUAUACCGUCACUAUUAUAAAUAUAAUUUGCCUUAUAUUGACAUAUCUCUUUGGUGAAACUUUACUGGCUCAAGAGUACUUAUUAUGGGAAGCUUUAUUUUUAUUUAUUUUACUUGCUAUUAAUUUUUUAGUAGCUUUUAACGAAGAAUAUAUAUACAAUAACGAAAUACCUCAUCGUGUUAAGAAAGUACUGGAAACUAUUGACGAAGCUAUAGAAAAAUGUCAUUGGAAAGAAAAUCACUAUCCACACUUGUGUGCUCCCUUUUCCCCUUGCGUGAUACUGCAGUGGACUUACAGAGAUGGCAUUAUUGUCAACUUACCUUGGGCUCUUCUGGUGGAGGGUGAUGUAAUUGUUCUUAGGCCAGGUCAAGAGGCUCCAGGUCACUGUAGAGGUCUUGAAUCUGACGAUGCAGAACUUUUCUUUGGACAAAUCUUUUUAUCAGGGUCUCAGGCAAAAGAACAUUUUAGCGUUCCAAGAGUAAGAGUGCCACAUCCGAACAAAGAAUACAUAAUGUGCGAGACACCGUUCUUGAAAAAUCUGAAGUUGGCAUUAGAGCAAGCUACCACAAGACCAGUGACUGUAUUUGAGAAACAGAGGUAUUUGUGCACAGUAAAAAUAAUAGAAGGUAUUGUAUUGCCGUUCGUGAUACUGGUAAUGGUGGUGACUAGCUUGAUACGCUACUUGUACCACCUGCCCGGCGUGACGCACUGGACCGAGGUGUACUUUCUACAGAUCAUAGCCGCUUCACUGCCCUUACUACAAAUCGUCUUUCCAAUUGCUUGGGUAACACUUAACUGUUACGGCUUAGCUAGGUUUAAACUUUUAUCAGAAACGGGACAAAAGUACACUCGUCCAAAAUCGUGUUCCAUAUCAGAGGAUCCGAGCGAUCCCUUGAUACAAGCUCUCAGCGAGUCCAACCUUAAGCCACAAGCAUUGAAGACCUUGGGAAGAACUUUCUGGAAUAUUCUCAUUGGAAGGGAAGAUAUGGUCACUAGAACUGCCAAUAUUGUUCAUGUUUUAGGUUCAUUAUCAGCUCUUUGUUGUGUGGAUAAGAAAGGUAUACUGUCAUGGCCAAAUCCUACAGCUGAAAAAGUGUUUUUUCUAAGGAAUUCUAGUCCAACGUCGCAUAACUCCAGUAAAACAAGUCUCAUCGGAUCCAUGGGACACCAGAGCCAAACGAAUUUAGAUCAAGAUGAUGACGUAAAACAAAACCCAGAGCCCUCAACGAUUGUCGAAGUGCUGGACCUGACGCACGACCAGAACGCGCCGUUCCGCGUGGAGUUCGACGAGCAGCGCUGGCGCACGCACCUGGCGCGCCUCAAGCCGCUGGGGCUGGCGGCGCUGCUCAACACGUGCGCGCGCGCGCCGCGCCACACCUACGCGCACUUCUGCGCGCACCUCACGCAGGAGGCGCUCCACAGUGAGGAUCUAGUACCGGUGACAAAUAGACGAUGUCUGUGCGAAUUAGCCAAGCAGAUCGGAUUCUCUGACGCUGUUGCCGAGUCAUAUAACGUACAAGAGUGUUUAGCAGUAUUUAGACACUUGCAAGCAGAUACAAUAAGAAGGGAAACUCGCUUCAUGCGUUCGCUACAUCUCAAUACACGAGUGAAGGUACCGCUGCCGCACAUGUUAGCUGUUAUUGUUAAAGAUCAGUCCAAUCAACUCCAAAUGCUUACACAGGGCACCGCUGACAUAAUUUUAGACUCUUGCGUGGAUUACUGGAACGGUCGGGACUUAACGCCUAUAUCGCCCUCCGUUCGCAAGAAGAUCAUCGACUUCUACCAAAGAAAUUCGCUAACGGCCUAUUGCACUGCUUUUGCUUACAAGCCGCUGACGCGCGGAGUGUCGCAGGCGCUGGCGGCGCAGUACCUGGAGCUGCCACCCGACUGCCGCGCGCUGUACGCGCACGUGCCGGCGCGCGCGCCCGCGCCCGCCUGGGACGCCGGCGCGCUGCACUUCCACUCCACCGAUUCAUUGUUGUUCAACGAAGUGACAGACGACGAUGUCAGUGAUGCUGACGGAUAUUUCGACAUGCAAUGUAAUCAGGUGUUCAUCGGCAUGGUGACGAUGCAGUACCAGGCGCAGAGUGACAUGGUGGAGCUUAUCGAGCGAUUGGAGCGCGCCUGCAUUCGAUUCGUACACUUCAGCAAGGAAAAUGAACUGCGCUCGCGAGUCUUCAGCGAGAAGAUGGGCCUCGAGUCUGGUUGGAACUGCCACAUCUCGCUCAUGAGCGAACACACACACAGUGGCACCAUAUCCUCAUCCAAGGCGCUAUCGAUGUCCGCACCGGGCGCUAUCAACGUCGAACACAAUACCGUUAAGUUUGACGAUGAAAUCAAGAAAGCCAGACAUUCGAUCACGACUCAAUGUGGAAUAAAGUUCCAGCGCGGCAGCGGUAGCCGAACGUCGACUGACUCCCUCCUGGGCGCCGAGUCGCCCCCCGACGCCUGCCGCUCGCUAUCUUGCCUCACCGACUCCACCGACCACACUGCGCCGCUCAACUUCGACAUGAGCAAUCGGGCGAAACUGCCUCGUGGUAUUGAAAACAUAAGGCCUCAUAUCGAACAAGUGGACAACGUGCCUCUGCUGGUGUCUCUCUUCACGGACUGCACUGCCAGCUCUGUUCAACGAAUGAUUGAAAUUAUGCAGGAUUAUAGCGAAGUUGUGUGCGUGAUGGGUUCAGCAGCCAACUGUCAAAACAUGGAGAUUUUUAUGCAAGCUGAUGCCAGCAUAGCAGUUGAGCCGUUAUAUCCAGUGUUGUGUCAAAAAAUGCCGCCUUACCAAGUGCCUCGAGACUGCAUCGGGCCGAUCGACUUAGCAAGAUCGCUCAACUCUGUGCCGUGUUCCUUGACGUUGAAAAACAAAUGGCAAAGUCAGCCGUGCACCAACUACUGCUACAGUCAGAUGUCUCGCGACGCAGACGUGUCCCUGUUCGCGCUCAUCACGAUGUCGCGUCACUUUACGAUGUGCGUGUGGAACAGCACGCAGUUCUGGAUCUGUAGCUCUUGCUUCCUAUCACUAUUGCAGGUGGGAUCGGUGAUGUGUUUCGGUGCGGGCGCGCUGAGCGUGGGCGGCGCGGUGGUGAGCUCCCUCGUGGCCGCGCUGCUGGCGGCCGCGCUUAGCUUCGCGCCGCCGCACGCCGCGCUCGUGCUGCGCGCCGCCACGCGCCCCGCGCGCGCCUUCUCCGCGAGGAUGGCGGUGUUCGUAUUUUGGUGCUACGCAUGCAAGUUCCUACCUUCGGCUAUUUCGAUCUUAAUUAUAUACGGCCUUACAUUACGAAGCUUUUGCGAGCAGAUAGCCACGUUCACGAAUCGAACCUCGUGCUGGCUGGUGUAUCCCGUUAACGUUGGCAACUACUCGAGUAGCGAAGAUUUGUCGUUGAAGAGCUGGCACGGCUGGGGAGAUGAUUUCUACGACGGGUUUUAUUUAGCUCAACAUUUUACUCUAGCAUUGAUAACAUUGCAUUUAAUCGUUAUAUCGCUGUCGUUUAUACAUCGGCAUUCUUCUAUCUGGCAAGCGCGAUUCUGGACGAAUUGGGUGUGGUGUGUGACUGUAGUGUUUUUGGUGGUGGCGCAGGUGACGUUCAGCGCGGCGCUGGUGCGGCAGUCGUACGGCGGGUGCGCGUGGGGCGCGUGGGGCGCGGGCGGCGCGGGGCGCGCGGGGGGCGCGUGCGCGCCGCGCUACCGCGUGCGCCCGCCGCUGCUGGCCGCCGCCGCCGCCUCGCCGCUGCUGGCGCUCGCGCUCAACGAGCUCAUCAAGUGGCAGGAGCUCAAAGUUGACGCAAGAAAUCAGAGACGAGCUAGAUUAGACUUCGGCACUAAGUUGGGGAUGAACUCGCCCUUUUAGAGAGAGAUUGUCAUAUCUAGUCAAUUACAAUUGAGUAAAUUUUAAUAUGACAAUGCCAAUGGUUGAAGUUUAGUUUUAAGUGAAAUGUUGUACUUUUUUUGUACCUUCCUUCUAUUUUGUACUUAAUUUACUCAACAAAUCCAUUACAGACAUUAAUUUUUUUAAUAAAUGAUAUUCUCACAAA